CUUCGCCUGUUACCACUUACCACCACUUCACUUGGAGUUCAAUCACAUCUCCGAACCAAAACUAACCACAUCAGCACAUAUACCUCCCUCGGCAGCUAAACCUAUAACACCACCUCAACCGCGACGCGACCUCAGUCGUCGGUGACUAACCGCAAGUACACGGACACCCCGGCAUGAGAGCCUACGCGGCGCCGCCGGCUGUCGCCACGCUGCCGCCGGCCGCGCCGCCAUUGACCCCGGACGCCGCGGCCGUGCUGUCCCGCGCCGCGGCCGACGCGUCCAGGCGCCGCCACGCGCACACCACGCCGCUCCACGCGGCGGCCGCGCUGCUCUCCGGCCCGGCGCCUCUCCUCCGAGACGCCUGCGUGGCGGGCCUCUCGUCCCCGCACCCGCUCCGGUGCCGCGCGCUCGACCUCUGCUUCGCCGUCGCCCUCGACCGCCUCCCCACCUCCACGGAACACCAGCACCACGCCGCCCCGCCGCUCUCCAACGCACUCGCCGCCGCGCUCAAGCGGGCCUACGCGCAUCACCGGCGCAUCGGGAACGGCGGCGUCGAGGCCGACGACCACCGCGUCGGCGUGCCGCACCUCGUGCUCGCCAUCCUUGACGACCCGUCCGUGGCGCGCGUCAUGCGCGAGGCGUCCUUCUCGAGCACGGCCGUCAAGGCGGCCAUGCUCAGGUUCCUCUCCGAUCCCGCGGCCCCUGAAUCCGGCGUGUACGUCAACACCCGAGUGCUGCACCGGCAAGCUUCCCACCGGGAGGAGGAGAUAGCGAAAGUGGUAGAAGUGUUGAAGAGGGGCAAGAAGCGCAACCCGGUGCUUGUCGGCGACACGGUGGACGUGGACGCCGUGGUGCAAGAGGUGGUCACGCUGGUACAGCGGCAACGUCUCGGCAACGCGCGACUCAUCUCCUUCCCGAAAGAGUUCGGCGACUUGGUCGAUAUGGAUAGGGCAGAGCUGGUCACCAAGAUCAAGGAGCUCGGCGAAGUGGUAAGAUCAGAGUUGAUGGCACCGGCAUUGAACACCGCCGGCGUCGUGGUCAACCUCGGCAACCUGCGGUGGCUUGUCGAGGAAAGAUGCGCGGCUCAUCAGGGCGAGCAAGAGAAGAGGAGGGACGUGGUGCUCGACACGGCGCGCGCCGCGGUGGCCGAAAUGGCGCGCAUUCUGCCACAGUCCGGCGAAGGCGAGCACCGCGUCUGGGUGAUCGGCACGGCGACGUGUGCCACAUACCUGAAAUGUCAGGUCUAUCACCCGGCGCUGGAGAGAGAAUGGGACCUCCAGGCAGUGCCCAUCACGCCGAGGCCUCCGCCGCCGCCGCCGAUCGGGCUCUCGCCGAGUGUUGGAGUUAACAGAGGCAUCCUAAGCAGCUCGGUCGAGGUGUUGUCAACGGCGAUGACGACCUCAAUGCAACGGGCGCCGAGCCUUUGCAACCCCUGCAUGGAGGGCUACGAGCGCGCCGAGAUGGCAUCAUCCGAGCUUCCUCCCAAUCCCGCCGAGCAGCCGAUGUCGCAGUGGCUGCAGAUCGGGACACCGAGCAGCGCACGCCCGGCCGAACGCGCGCAGGAGAAGGCGCGCGACGAAGCUGACGAGCUGCGACGCCGGUGGCGCGACCGAUGCGCGCAGCUGCACUCGCAUGGCCGCCCGCCCAUCGUUACCUGUUCCGAGUGGAACGGUGCUAGUGUUCUUGCAAACAUACAGGCGUUGCCGGUAAGGCCAUCGGUGCAGCCUAACGGCACGGUGGACACCGACCUUGUGCUUGGCCCGGCGCCGAUGAGGCCGGCGUGGGACACGGACGAGAAGCUGCUCGUGAGACGGCUCACGGAGGCGGUGAGAUGGCAACCCGAGGCUGCAGCUGCUGUUGCCAGUACGAUCACGAAGGCCAAAUCGGGUGAAGGCAAGCGGCGCGGCACGGGGUCCAAGGCCGAUGCUUGGAUCCUCUUCGCCGGGCCUGACGUGGUCGGGAAAAGGAACAUGGCCGAGACGCUCUCCAAGUUCGUCUUUGGCACGGGAGCCGUCACUGUGCGUCUCGGCUGCCUGGCAGCCGUCGACGACGGCGGGGAGUCCAUAGUGUCGUGCCGUGGACGGACAGCGCUAGACCGCGUGGCCGAGGCCAUACGGGCCAACCCGUUCCGCGUCAUCGUCCUCGAUGGCGUCGACCAGGCCGACAACGUCGUGCACGGGUCGAUCGUACGCGCGAUGGAGUCCGGCCGGCUCGCGGACUCGCACGGCCGCGACGUCGCCCUCGGCAGCAACAUCUUCGUCGUCAUGUCGCAAUUGUCGCCGUGGCCGGAUCUCUUGAGGAGCUCUCAAGAAUCUGUACCCUUUGCUGACGUGCCAUGGAACCUGAAGCACGGGACAGCAAAGCGCAGGCCGGAGCAGCUGGACGGAGAUCGGCGUACAAAAGCACGUAAAGACUCCGCACGGGAGUUGCUUCCCCUGGACUUAAAUUUAUCCAUGUCCGAUGGUCAUAUAGAUGACGAAGAUGAAAGCGGCGGCGAGGGAUCACGUAACUCAUCCAGCGACCUAACGGUGGAGCACGAGCAGGACUACGGCCAGCCGGCCGCCGCCAGGUUCUCGGCGCCGUCAAACGUUUCCGAGCUCGUCCAAGCCGUCGACGGAACGGUGGUGUUCAAACCAGUCCACUUGGAGCCUCUGAAGCGGAGCGUCUCCGACGUGGCGUCGGCAAAGUUCGGGGACAUGACGGGCGGCGGGUGGUCCGUUCGCGUCGACGAGGUGCUGUGCCCUAGCCUACGGCAGCUGAAACGUAGCUUCAGCCCGAACGCUGUCGUCGACGGAGCGACGGUGGAAGGCAGCGGCCGGAGAAAGGACGGCGAGAUGUCCCCGAUGUCAGUGACUGUCACCGUCGACGGAAAUUGACGUGAGAUCCCGCCGGCCUGGACAUGUUUAUUUUUGUUGGUCAUUAAUAUAUGAUCGCGAUCAGUGUACAUUAGUCCAUGAAUGUGUAAAAAUGUUCAGCAAUCAGAAGUUAGAGACGGAACUAGAAACUAGCUGGCUGUUUUUGAGGAUUCCAUUUUUGGCUUCAUUUUAACUCAGACCAUGGGUUCAUUUGGCAACCGCCUAUGAAUGACGUCGACCUGUUGAAUAAAACGAGUUGAUAGAGAAUCA